UGACAUUUGAUUAUUGUUAUCGCUGUUUCUCGGGAUUCCUAUAUAUUCAUUACUAUAUCUAACAUUAUUUUGAUUUGAAAUUUAAUGGGUAUUUAUAAAAAUUACGACACAAUUUGUGAGAAAUGUUUGAAUGAAACUAUUAAUGGCCAAUUUAACGAAUGGCUGGAUUCAGCUGGUAAGCAAUUCGUUAAGUUUUGAUUGUGUUAUCGAGUUCCAAUUGGUCGUGUUCAAUUCGUAAUUUGUGGGCAUAAUUGUCUUCCUCUGGGUUUAAUUGAGUCAAAUUAUUCAUUUAUUUAUGCCAUUGGGACCGCUUGAUUUAAAUGGCCUUUUACUGGUAUCUGUCUGAAGGCUUCCAAGUUAUUAUUGAGAAGUCUAAAGAUGCAAAAUGUUCUUUGAAAGAUGUGCAAUUGCGUUUCUUGUGCCCUGAUGAUCUAGAGGAGGUGAGAGCUUUAUGCAGAGAUUGGUUUCCAAUAGAAUACCCACAGUCCUGGUAUGAAGACAUAACAUCAUCGGAGAGAUUCUUUGCAUUAGCAGCUGUAUACAAAAGUCAAAUUAUUGGUCUGAUAGUGGCCGAGAUCAAACCUUACCUUAAAUUGAAUGCGGAAGACCGAGGAAUAUUGUCCCGAUGGUUUGCGUCAAAAGAUACCCUUGUGGCCUAUAUACUCUCCUUAGGUGUAGUCCGUUCGUACCGCCGUUCCGGUGUAGCGACGAUGCUCCUCGACGUGUUACUGAACCACUUGGCGGGGCCCGUGCCGCAGCCGCCGCACGAACAUCGAGUUAAAGCUAUAUUCUUGCAUGUGUUGACUACUAAUAGCGAAGCGAUACUGUUCUAUGAAAAGAGAAGGUUCCGGCUGCACUCGUUCUUGCCAUACUACUACUUUAUAAAGGGACUGUGUAAAGACGGGUUCACAUACGUCUACUAUGUGAACGGUGGUCAUGCACCCUGGGGUCUAUAUGAUUACGUGAAGUACGUGGCAACAGCAGCAUGGAGAGGCGGAGGCCUAUAUCCUUGGUUGUGGGGGAAAUUACGCACCGCGCUCACCAUAGCGUGGCAUAGAUAGCUAUAUGACAAUAUGAGUGAAUGUUAGGAAUGAAAUACAAUUCUAUGUCAACUUAUCAGACCAUAGACAAGAUUUGGAAUGACUGGCAGGUUAGUUAUAAAUAAAUAUAAGUAUAAAAAGUUUAUUGUGGUAUUAUGGUUGCGAUGUUUUUCAUCACAAUUUGACGAAUGAUAAAUAAUGAGACUUUCUUUUUUCAUUGGUUUAAGAGGCUAUUCAUAAGUUUUGAUUUUAUUAUGCGCAGUAUUAACGAACGACUUAUGGAUGUGAAUGAAAUAUUAUGUACAAAAUUGUUUUAAAUUACAAAAUGAGUAACUAUGUAAUUUUUUAAAAUAUGUUCAUGCCUGCAAAUAAUCGCGCAAACAUAAAUAUUUUCAAAAACUAUCCUACAUGCUCUGUCUUUAUUCGCGCAAUCCAAUUCACAACUGUGCACUGAGAUCUUUUUGACAAUUCUCUCACACUUUUUGAUUUCACUCUUCUGAAUACCAGAAAUUGUAUCAAAUAUCAAUUCUAUGUAAUGGUAACCUAUGUAUCUCCUUUAUUUUUUAACAUGAUGCAACAUGUUCAAACUCAAUGCAAUUCUAAAAACUAGUCGAUUUCUUUUUAACGUGAAUACGAUGCCAGCUGUAAUUAACGGUUUAGUAAGUAUUUAUUUCAGUUACUGAAAAUUUAUAUCGAGAAUUGCAUUUAGUUUUUGCCAUGUUGUACCAGUAUCAAAUAAAUUGCUAUAAAUAUUAAUACUUUGCACUGCACCUAAUUCAUGAUAUUAUCAUGAAAUGCUAUCUUAUCGUUAGUUUAUAGUCAUAAAGAUUAACGGUACAAGGUAAUUAAAAAAAUUGCAAUAAUAUUAUGGUAAAGCAGCUUUACAUUUUUUAAAAAAAUAACAAAUGUAUCGAGAUAGGAGCAUUUUAUUAUUUUGCGCGGUUUUAUAUUAAAAUUCAUCAAUUUUACAUUAAACGUUUUGAGAACAAAGCCACUGCCAAUUUAAGAGCUAGUUAUUGCUAGAAUGCAUUUUUUCAUUGUCAUUAGAUAUGCCUGAUAACUUUUUUUUUCGUUUCGAAUUGCGAUACAUUCCUAUUUAUUCCCUGUGCUAUUUCUAAAUACCAUUUCUCAACUUUCGAUUAUAUUUUUACCUUGAAAACUUUUUUUUCAUAAUCAAAAAUCCAAACGAAGUACUAACUUUUCUAAAUAUAAUUUUAUAACUAUAACUUAUAAAUUUUUUGCUUUCUAUUUAGCACGAUAUUAUUAUUACUGCCGCUGCGGUACGAAAUCAUAUACAUAAUUAAAUUUGGGAAAAUAAGCAGAUUAUUUUAUGUAUUAAUAAUAAAUUAUUUAUGUUUUGAGAUAUUUUAGUGAUUACUCGGCACGUGAAUUAAUGUAGUUCCUUAGCUUAUUUUUUUUAAUUUACUGUAUGUAUUUCGUGAAUUUUAAAUUCUCACAAGUCAAUUUUUGUUGCAGAAAAUAGUAAAUUAAUUGUAUGCCUAUAGAAACAGACAACUUUAGCUGAUAAAGUAAUAUGAGAAAUAAAUUUAAAUAAGUAAUUACGUUACAAAACGUUGUAUAGUGUGCCAUGAAUGUAACUCAGAAUGUCAAGUAAGGUGCCUGUGUGUUCACAUUAACGAAUAACUAUUUAAUAAAUUUGUACCGACUAGUGCAUUAUUACAUUAUAAUAAUAAUAAUAACAAGUUUUAAGGAAGAAUAUAAAAAUAAUUUAUACAUUUUGUCUAAAAUUUUUAAAACGAUUUCAAUGGAAAUGCGUAGGUAUCACGUUUUACUGCCCUCAAUUAUUAAUCUUCAACUAAGUAUUAUAUUUUUAAUAAAUUAUUUUAAUUGAAGAAAAGAAAACGUAAUCAUAAUUCGAAUGUUGAAAUUUAUCAAAUUUUUUGUGUGUGGCAAUUUAUAUUGACGCAAAGAGAAGCACACACUUGCGCACUUAAAGGAGAGAUUUCACGACGGAAUGUUCUUAACAUUAUUUACUCAUUUGAAACCAAAGCCAUCCUUUGAUAUAUUUCAAACUGAACAUAUUUUAGUCUUAAGUAUUUAAGGAAAUUAUUUUAGUUUUAUUGACAGUUAUAAAAUAGUAUUAUUUUAUAAUUCGUGCUUUUACAUUAUUUUAUGUAUUAUUUAUGACAAGUUUAUUAAGUCAAAAUUCUAUGUUUCAUUUGAUGAUAUUAUGAUAUCUUUAUGUUACUGACAUGUUGUUAUACGUACCUAAUACUGUUCUAUUUCAAGUUUCAACACUAUAACUCUUCCAAAUAAAUAUCAUUGUUGACAAAU